AGGGUUUAUCGCUCGCGAUGGCGGGGGGUUCUCAGGACAUGCGCAGCUGGGCGGAUCUUCUCCAGAACUCGUCGCAGCUGCUGCAAUCGGCCGCGCCGGCGGCGCCAUUUCCACCGCUCCAGAGGAGCUUGGAUCAGCUAGAGUCUCUCUCGCGCCAGCUUAAGGCCCGGACGAAUCGCUACGAUGCCACUGGCCAAUCUAUUGCCGCUACUCGAUUACUAGCGAGAGAAGGCAUAAAUGCCGAUCAACUUGCCAGAGAGCUAAAGGCGUUUGAGCUCAAGACAAGCUUCGAAGAUGUUUUCCCUGUGGAAGCGACGACCGUGGAGGAGUAUCUACAGCAGGUGCAUGAAAUGUCAAUGCUUACAGCGAUUUUGAAUUCUCAAAGAGACAACGUUCGAAGUUUUGAUGACUACAUGAUGAAGUCACUGGAAGAUGACUGGCAAAAAGAGAAGCGUGAGUUUUUGAAUAGCUUGAGUCGCUUGCCACUUUCUUCUGGCACUCCCGGGAAACAAGCCAGUCGUGUUUCUGGUGUUCUCGACUCUUCUGCGGUGAAGGCUUUGCCUGAUAUGCGCGCACCAAACCCGUUUCUAUCAACUCCGUCGCAAGUGGUGAAUGCAAAGGCUGCGGGGUACGCUGAAGCAGUUGCGAAGCUUAAUGCUGCAAGAGAACGAAGUGAACCAUUCAAGGUUGCGAGCACUCUGAAAGACACGUUUUUGGCGUUUGCUGAUGAGAAAAUGGGUACAAAAUCUGUGAACAUGGCCAAAAUCUGGUAUCUCCUUCAGUCUCUUUUAGGUGAGGACUUCGAAUAUCCAUCUCAUCUUAGUAGAAAGAUGAAAAUGGUUUUUGGUGCCCGCCGCCAUUUGGAAGCUGGUCAUGAAAAGUAUAUGCUGGACACAAUACAAAGUCAUGCUGCUCAGGCAGCACUUGGAGGAUCUACUGGAAACUUACAACGUGUACGAGCUUUUUUGCGCGUCCGGCUAAGAGAUUAUGGUUUGUUAGACUUCGAUGCUACUGAUACACAUAGGCAACCGCCAAUUGAUACUACUUGGUACCAGAUUUAUUUUUGCCUCCGAUCUGGUUAUUAUGAGGAAGCCAAACUUGUGGCGCAGUCGUCUAGAGCUAGCCGUUCGUAUGCUCCACUGCUUACGGAGUGGAUCGCCACGGGAGGAGCAGUAUCUUCUGCUACUGCAACGGCCGCCUUUGAGGAAUGUGAAAAAAUGGCACGGAUUGGGGACAGGCCAGGUCGUGCUGGAUACGAUAAGAAGAAAAUGCUUCUAUAUGCUGUUCUUUCCGGUAGCAGGCAGCAAGCUGAACGUCUUCUACGGGACAUUCCUGUGCUAUUCACUACGAUCGAGGACUUUAUGUGGUUUAUGCUUUCUAUUACUCGGGACUGCGGUCCAGCACCCCAAGAUGGAUUAGUACCUUAUACUUUGGAGGAUUUGCAGAACUACCUGACCAAAUUCGAGCCAUCUUACUAUACUAAGAACGGCAAAGAUCCUUUGGUCUAUCCUUACGUUCUGCUAUUAAGCUUACAACUCCAGGCGGCCAUCCUUUAUCUUACAAGAGAGAUCAGCAACGACGGGGACCAUAUAGACGGUGUGCAUAUAGCCAUUGCUUUGGCAGACCAUGGUGUCCUUUCAGAAGGCGCGUCGAACAAAGCAAAGCCUGGAACAAUGAGUCCGGUUGGAGAAAUCACAAGCAUCAUCCGACACUAUGGACUUUCAUAUGUCCGGCAAAACAACCUUGCGACGGCUUUGGAGUACUACGUUCAGGCUGCUGCUGCCAUUGGAGGUGGCGCUAUUUCCUGGAGCGGACAGAACAGUAAUGAUCAGCAGAGGCAAAGGAACAUGAUGUUGAAGCAGCUACUCAUCGAGCUUCUUCUAAGAGAUGGUGGUAUUGCACUUCUGCUAGGCUCAAACGGCAUCGGGUCGGAAGGUGCGUUGAGAAGGUUUUUGCCCGAUCCCACUAUGCAGCAGCAGAUGUUACUUGAAGCUGCACGACAUGCUCAAGAGUCAGGCCUUUACGAGAAGGCUAUCGAGUUGCUGAAACGUGUUGGAGCCUUUGCAAUGGCUCUAGAAAUAGUAACUCGCAGGCUUUCUGAGGCAAUCUGCGCACUGGCCACUGGCCGUGCAGAUGGAGAGGCCAAAGUUGCAGGCCUUAUCCUUGCUGGGAACGACAUUGCGGAGACUUACAAAAAGCAAGCUGGAAGCGGAACUGGAAGCUCGCGAGAGGCUGAACAAGUAACAGAGCAGCAAGUUUCCUUCCGGCAACUUGAAGGAAUCGUAGCGUUCCACAAACUGUUUCGCCUGGGGAGAUAUCCGGACGCGAUCGCUGAGCUUCCCAGGCUGUCAUUUCUUCCACUGACUCCAUGGACACCGGAAAAGAGUGCCGAAGACCUGAGAAGCAUAUCUCCUCCUGUUCAAGCUUGUGUGCCUGAUCUUCUCAAGGCGGCUUUGAUCUGCCUUGAUAAUGUUCCCGAUAGAGAUGGCCAUAUGCGCACUCUCAAGGCUAAGAUCGCCAAAUUUGUUGCAAACACCGUGCCCAGAAAUUGGCCGCACGAUCUGUACGAGCAAGUCGCUCGAAUGCUUUAAUGUAAGUCUGCUCUUUUCUUCC